CUGCCUCGCAUUCCAACCUCCACCAGCCUAUUUUGUUGGUGUCAAAACACAAACAAAAUCUUUUCAACUCGAUAAGAAACUUGUCCUGUGUGUCGACAACACGAUGGCAUCAACAACAGCCAAGAAACAGCUCCGAAUUCUUUGCUUCGGGGACAGCCUGACGGAAGGCUACAGUGCGAUGGGCUGGUCCAUGACACCGUAUAGUGGCUGGCUCGAAACAUACCUCAAUGCCACUAUAGAUUAUGAUUAUGAUAGUCAUGUUGAGACAGAGGGGAGAAGUGGUGAUUGUGUAAGGACUGGGUUCGAGACGAGGAUGAGGAAGCAUUAUCCUCCAAGUACAACUACCUCGCCUUACGACUGGGUAGUCUUCUUGGGCGGUACAAAUGACAUGGCAUAUCGCCAUACACCAACUCAAAUCUUCGAUUCCAUCAAGACAAUUUUGGAUAUCCCUCUCUCACGCGGAGCCAAAGUUCUCAUCAUGACAGUUCCGGAAAUCGAAUCCCAUAUCCUUGACGACGAGCGUGGAGAAUUGAACGAUUUGAUCAAUAAUUGGGCGAGGGAGAAGGAUGCUGUAUGGGGCUUUGAUUUGUGGCAGCAAAUGAAGUAUCAUGGUAUUACGGAGGAAGAAAGACGAGAGAGGUGGGAUGAUAGCUUGCAUUUUACGCCGAAAGGAUAUGAGAUGAUUGGAGAAAUGGUGGGAGCGAGACUAGUCAAGAUCUUGGAGGGUGGAGAAGGCGAUAAGAAGAUACACCAGUGAACACUUCUGCUUCUUGUCAAAUUGGAACGUCUGCCUGUCUGCGAAGCUCUGAGAGAAUCGACGAUGGGUUGCUUGCACUGUAGAAGAUAGAGCCCGCGGGGCACGACACUGGGUAAGAAUUGAGACCUGUUGAAUAUAAAUAAAAAAAUUUGCAAAUC